AUGGAUCCAAAUAGAACAAGACCGAUUUUGACAGUUGCAAAUUAUUUAUCAACACUUGAUGAUCCGCUACUCUGGGGAAGUAUUCCCUUUAAGAAUUUUCUUAGUCUUCAUAGGGCCCGCUGGACGCUUGGUGCUCAAGAAAUAUGUUUUACUACACCUAUACUUUCAAGAUUCUUUGCUCUCGGUCAAGUUAUACCAACUGUUCGUUGGCUUGAAAAAGUAAUGCCUAAAGAGAGAGAUCAUACAUGGAUUCCAUUAUUUGGUGAAAAUGUUGUCAUUGUAUAUGGUGAUCCAAUUGAUUUUAAAGAUAUUCUCGCCAAUUAUCAUACUGGAAAGACUGAUGAAGUUACAACGCGAAUCAUUAUUACUAAUGUGAUAUUUCGUACAAUGGCUGAAUUAAAAAAAAAGUCAGAGUUAUUAGAGGCCAAAAAGUUUAAAGAAAGUUAUUCAUGA